GAAAGAAGCGCACGCACUCAGCAGAGCGUCAGUCGUGCCCGUGCCUCACUUUGUCCUCGUUAUUUGAAGUGAGCGCUGAGGGAGAGAGGAGAGGAGAAGCCAGGAGGUGUCUGUGCGGAUUUCGGUCACACAACGCGCUAUAGGACGACUUUGCAGCAGCACCUUGAUUAUUAGUGUAUAGUUUGUGAGCGAUUAACUCAGAGCAGAAAGAAGUGCCUGGAGAGAGCGAGAGAGAGAGAGAGGCAGAGAGAGAGAGAGAAGGGGGGAGGAAUUACCAAAACGCAACACGUAUCCGGUGGGAUCCCACUCCUGAGAGAGAGAGAAGCGGCAGGAGUUUGUGAGCGAAGGGUGCAAAGGAGAGGAGAAAGACGAAGAAGAAGAGGGGGAAGAUUUGAUAUUUCGCUUUAACAACGCGCUUUUGGUUGACAAAGAGGAAUAAUGAGGAACGUUUGGAUAAUUUUGACCCUCGCGCUGACCGUCUUCCUCUCCGGGGAAAGGAUAGCAGAAGCUGCCAAGACGUCCUCUCAGACUGAUGACUUGUACCUGGAUGACACAGGCUCAGGAGGCUACUACCCUGAAGACGAUGAUGACUUUAACUCGGGGUCUGGCUCAGGUGGAGGUGAUGAAGGGGUGGAGGAAGCAGCCACUGUCAGUAUGGUUUAUAUAGAGCCCAAAGCAGCAGAACCCACCCAGGACUCCACCAAAGAUUUCACCCCCAGGGUGGAGACAGCCACGGUUACAGAAAGGGCCAGAAGCAACACACCCAGGAAACCUCUCAGAACAGAGGCACCUGUGCCAGUUACAGAGGACACGCUGAGGAACCAGCUGACCAGUACGACCAGCGCCCCCGGCUCACCCCAGGAGGCUGUCGAGGUCCGCACCGAAAACCUCUUCCAGAGGACAGAAGUGUUGGCAGCUGUUAUCGCAGGCGGCGUCAUCGGCUUCCUGUUCGCCAUCUUCCUCAUCCUCCUCCUGGUUUACCGCAUGAGGAAGAAGGAUGAGGGCAGCUACGACCUGGGAGAGAGGAAACCCUCCGGAGCAGCCUAUCAGAAGGCCCCAACUAAGGAGUUUUAUGCAUAAAAAAAAGAACCCGCCCUUCAUCAUCAGAACGACACAUCAAGAGCGACUGUCGGAAAGCACAGUUCAUGACAACAGAUGAAACCUGUUCACACCCAACAAUGAAACGUGUUUGAGUAAGGAAAAUAGCAUAAAGGAAAGCUUUUGCAUAGAGUAUUGUAAUUAAGACCUUUUCUUUCUUCUUUUUUUAAAAAAUGAAAACCAAGCAUUUCUCAUUUUAUGACGAAUCUCAGUGUAUUUAAACAUUUUGUGUAUUAUUUGAAAAAUAAAAAAACAGGAUCUGUAAAGGCGAGGAAACUAAUCGCAUCUGUCUUCUGUAAAAGGAGCUGUUUUUAGUCGCUGACUACUUUUAACUGUAGCAGUCUGUUAUUUGUAAAGAAAACAAUUUAAAGUGGAAAUAAUUGAGUAUAAUUAUUCUGUAUCAAUCCUUUUUUCUUUUUAUUUUGUCCUAGCAUGUCUGAUGUUGAUCUCUAAAGGUGUAUAACAUUAAUUUAUCUUUUCUCUGAUGUUAAAAAAAAAUGCCUUUGUAGUUUUGAUGAAGCUCUUUUGUCUUCAUAUUAACGCUGUUAAUGGUCAAUGUAAAUGUUCUCCCAUCAGGUUACAAUGUUUAUUAUUUGCUUUCACAUCUUUUUGUUUUCUUCGGUCAAACGUGAGUGUCACUCAGUCUUGUUUUUUUCAUUUGUUAUCUUCUAGGUUUCUUUUUGACAGCGUUUUGAUUUCAGGUCUUUAAAAGAUAGAAAUAAGCGUGUCAGGGCUCAAAGAAAAAACAUUAAUCUCACUUCUGUUUUAUGUCUUGCUGCUUUCAUUUUUCUAUCUUCUUGUUCACAUCUUGCACAUUCUCUGCUUUGGCUUCCCUCUGCUGUCCUGCAGCUUUGCGAGUAUGUUGAGUGUUUUGGGGUGUUUUCAGCCCAUAGCCUCCUCCCUCCCUCCCACCCCAAUGUGUCCCCUGAGUUUACUGACAGCACCCAAACUCUGCUAGCACCCUUUCACCCUUACAUCUCCUCCCCCAUCUCUCUGUUUACCCCCCUCUCUCCCACCUUCUCUUUUAAUCAGAUUGGAGCACCGCCAGUUUAGUUUUCAACCCCCGACCAGCCCUGACCCCAUUGCUCUCUCUUUGGGCUGUAUGGAACCACCCGGGUAGCUUGGUGUUGUUUUUGUCCUGGUGUUGAUCUGCAAACUAAAAGGCCUUCUUCUGCUUGGAUGCAAACACACCAGGGCUGAGUCCCCACAUGCAGAGCACAUACCUCUGCAGCAAACACCACCAGAGACCCCCCUUAAAAAAAAAACUAGAGUCUCUGAGAGGGGUAUUUAAAAGGUGAGGCUGCACAGGUAAUUUUAGGCUCAGUGUUACCACUGAAUACACUUUGAACAGCAGUCACAUUGAGGGCUAUUCUUUUUUUUUAGUGGUCAGCUCAACUAUUUCAGAAGUGAUGAGAGAUGAGGUUGUUUACCAGGUUUAAAACCUAUAAAAGGUGUUGUUUCGAUGUCAUUUUGCAUCCCUAAAUGAGUCUAAAAAGCCACAAAAUGGCUGUCACAGAAUAGUAAAGUAGCUAUACUGAAUGAUAACGUAGCUACAUCACAUGAAAGGAAGUUACUGUUACUCCGGUUUCCUUUUUUACAUUAUAACUAAAUGAACUUGCUCUGAAGGGAGACAGAAUAGUCGGGCAGGUUUAUAAAUUGCCUUUUCAGCCGUGUCGUUGUGUGAAGUAGAAGAAGUCACAUGUUAAACAAAUAACACCUCUGUCAAGAAGUUAUUUUCUUCAAUCUGUCUGUGGUCCUUUAUUGUCCACUUCCAUCCUCUUUGCCCCAUCUUUAUCAUCCUUUCUCGUCAUAGGACUUAAGGUACUGAACAAUACUGAAAAACCCAAAGACUCACAGUAUUUCUACUCCCAUCACCCCCUCCACCAUGGCCACAUCAUGUUGUUUCCUCUUUUUUUUUUUUUGCCCUCUUAGUUUUUUUUUUCUCCAUUAGAGACCUGACUUUUGAGUCCAAUUGCUUAUUAGUAUAUGGAAAGAUAUAUAAAUAUAUAUAAAUGUAUAUUCACAAAUGUUUUAAACCUUCAAAGUGCCUACCAUUUGGAAAUGUACUGGCUCACGGUGAGCAUGUGGCAGGUUUGUACACAUAAGAAAGGUGUAAACGACUUGACUGGCAUUCUGUGAGCAUGGAUGACUGUAAUGGUAACUUUUUUUUAGUCUUACAAAAGCUGACAGUAUUGUACCUAUAAGUUGAAACAACACUACUGAAUAAACAUUGUGGCCUAAUAUCCAA